AUGUUAUGGAAAUGCUUGUUUUAUUCCAUAAAUUACAAAUAAAAGCUCCCAAUGCCUUUAAAGUCUUCUCUGUACUUUCCAAGUCCAUUUUCUAGACAGGUUCCAUUCUUUGUCCUUCACUUCUCCCUGUCUGUGAAUGGACAUCUUCCCUCAGUCUCUCACCAAAGGGAAUUUGGAUUUUGGUACCUGCUCUGCUCCCACCUGCAAGACUUUGGGCAAAUAAAUCUCUUUCCAACCCUGAGUUUCAGCUUCUUCUUCUGUAAAAAUCAGGGGUUGUACUAGAUAACUCCAAGGUUCCUUCUAGCUCUAAUAUUUGGAGUUUUCCUGACUAUGCCUCAGUUCAGAGGCAGCACUUCCUGGCCAGCUAGGGCUAGGAGGAAAGUAGCUGAGCUUUGGUGGGCAAGGGAGCAUUGGAAGGGACACCCAGCCUUGGGCCAGUAGCUCAGCAGAUGUGGUGGGAGAGGUGAACAAAAGAGAGAUCUUUGUCCACUUCAGACCUACCUGACUGCUGGCCUAGAGCAAUAGGAAGGGAUUCUGUGGUCAGUAAACUCCCCUCAGGGGUUAUUCUGUCAGCCAAUGGCAGAUUCUGGGCCUAUUCCCUGAAGGGACCAGAUCUUCCAUUCACAAAGGAAAGAGGGUAGGGUUGGAAAGAGAUAAAAGCUGGGAUGUCCCAGAGUUUUUGUGCUGAUGGAACUAAAUGGCCUUUGGUACCAUUUACCGUUCACUUUUCAGAGGUUUCAGGGUCUCAUUUUUAUGUAAGAAGGCAAAGCUGGACGCAUCAGGAGUGAUUCCCGUUUGGCUCUGAGAUUCAGCAGGGCCAGCUUUACACAUAAGGAAAGAGGUGUUCUGUCAGAAUCUAUAAUUUCAGGAGCUGUGGAACUUCCCCACCCCUACAAGUUCUUCUCCUUGUUGGCUUAUCCCUGAAUUCCCUUUAAUAAAGAAUAAAGUCUCCAUUCAGUCCUCCAUACAACUGUCUAAUUGCUAUUCCUAACACACAGAUCUGACCAUGUUAUACCUGCACUCAAACAUCUUUAGUGGCUCCCUAUUACCUCUAACAAACUCCUCUAUUUUACAGGUAAGGAGACUCUGAGAGGUUAAGAUACUUGCCUUGUAUCACAUAGCUAAUAAGUGCCUGCUCUAGGAUUUGAACCUCCAUCUCCCAUCUGAUAAGGUAAACAUGAGAGAAAGAAAAGUGGCAAAAGAUGAAGAAAACCCCUAUGAUUCAGGAGAGGAGAGACAGCUCCUACAACAGACCAAGCUGAGGCUAAUCCUAGUGGGGAAAACAGGAACCGGGAGAAGUGCAACAGGGAACAGCAUCCUCGGGGAGAAUGUAUUUGUGUCCCAGCUUUCGGGGGCGCCAGUGACGAAGAUCUGCAGCAAAGGGAGCCGGAGGUGGGGUGGAGAGGAAAUUGAGAUCAUUGACACUCCUGAUAUCUUUAGCCUAGAAGUGUCUACUGAAGGUCUAAUUUCUCAAGAAGUCUUUCGAUGUUAUCUCCUCUCCUCUCCGGGGCCCCACGCGCUGAUCAUGGUGAUCCAGCUAGGUCGCCACACUGAAGAGGACCAGGAAGCCAUGAAGAAAGUGAAGGAGAUCUUUGGGAAUAAUGUUGUGAAGCACACAGUCAUCCUUUUUACCCGCAAGGAAGAUCUUGGAGGGGGGUCCAUAAAGGAUUACGUCAAGUUUACAGAUAACCAGGCCCUGAAAGAUCUGGUUACACAAUGUGGGGACCGGGUCUGUGCCUUCAGCAACCGGGCCACAGGGAGGGAGCAGGAAGAGCAAGUGAAGGAGCUGAUGGAUAUAGUGGAGAGCCUGGUACAGAAGAAUAGGGGUGAGCAUUACACCAAUGAGGUGUACAGCCUAGUGGAAGAGCUCCAAUGGGCCAAUGCAGAGGAGAAGUUCAGAAAAAUUGGGGAGAAGGUGGCUAAGUUUAAGGAAAAGAAUAAGAGGUCCCCGGAGUUAGGGGCAAAGUUCUUCCUGAGGUUCAGAGGUUUGUGUAAAUCAAGAAUCAAGAAAAUCUCAAGCAUUGCCAUCUUUGGCAUCUUCAUCCUGUGGCUAGUGACCCCCAGCAGGCUUUAUAAUGCCUGGUUGGGCAUCAGGAGUCUUUUUAGUGGCUGGUUGGGCAUCACUAGUCAUGAAUAGCUGCUGGUUUCUACCAUCUUUAUUAGUCAUCAGGGGAAAUUUGUCAAGAACAAUGCCUUCAGAAUUUCAUCACUUCUUGGCUAUCUAUUACCCUUUUGUAAACCUAUCUACAGCAUAGCCUGAAAAGUCUAGCUUAUGUCUCUUCUCCUUCAAGAAACCUUGCCAGCCAAUGCCAGCUCUCAUGGUGAAGGAAGCUUAGAGCAUUUAAAAUAGCAGUGGAUUUGUAGUCAGAUGACCUAGGUUCAAAAUCUAGUUCUGCCUCUUACGGUCUAUCUAAAUUUGGAUACAACCAUUUAAUUUCUAUUGUUCUCAGUUUCCUCAUCUAUCUAAUGGGGGUGGGCAGGCUGGAGGAUUUUUAAGGUCCCUCCUAGCUCUAAAUCUAUGAAAUCUCUUCCCUGACUUCCUUUCAUACAUGGAUCUAGCUUCUGGAGCUUGCUUCAUACCUCCUGGUUCCAUAGCUCUUUGAGGUUCAAAAUCCUCCAUUAGUCUCUGCAAGUGCUGCCUUUACCUACAGCUACAAUUGCUCACAUUCAUACAGUAUGCCAAGGUUUCCUCACAACUCUGUGAGACAGGGAGUGUAAGUAUAUAAUCCAUAUUUUUUUAGAUGAGGAAAAGACUUAGAGAAGUCAACCUGCUCCCAGUAACACAGAUGCAAACGCUGGAGCUAGAUCUUCCAACUUCAGAUGUGGAGUGUUCUUUCUGUUUCCCUAAGCUGCUUCUCUUCUAUUUUCUUUUCUUUUCUUUUUUUUUUUUCAAGG